AUGGCGUCCGAGGCCCGCUUCGUUGAGAACAGAACCCGUUUAGUUUCCCACUUUGAUGAAUACAAGACACGGGAUGCGCAAGGCGACGGGUGGGCCAAACUAUGGGAAAAGAAUGAGCAGGAUCUGUGGGAUCGGGGCCAGCCUUCGCCUGCAUUGACUACGUUCCUGGAAGAACAUCCUUAUCAUGAGACGCUGUUUCAAGACAAGACUAGACGACAAUUGAAGGCCUUUGUACCCGGCUGUGGGAAAGGACAUGAUGUGGCGCUCUUAGCACGCCAUGGCUUCAAGACGUGGGGUCUUGAAAUUUCUCAGGGAGCAGUGGAUGUUGCAAAUCAAAACGUAAAAUCCUACUUGGAGCCUUCGGCUGGUCAUCAUGCUGACGUCGUGCUCGGCGACUUCUUCAAGAAGGAUAUCGAGGCCUAUCUUGGGCCAGACUUCCAUGGCUUCGAUCUGAUCUAUGAUUAUACGUUCCUGUGUGCCCUACUUCCUGAGAUGAGAAAAGACUGGGCUGAGCGCAUGAAAAGUCUUUUGUCGCCAACUGGCGUCCUUGUAUGCCUCGAGUUCCCUAUGUGGAAGCCGUUGAAAGAUCAGGGCCCGCCUUGGGGUCUCAAUGGCGUACACUGGAAUCUUUUGGCUGAAGGUGCUGACGGUCUAUUUGACGAAUCCGGCAAUCUUCUUGGAGGCGGCCAAGAAAAGGGCUCAUUCGAGAGAGUCGUAUACUGGAAGCCACCAGUUUCGUUUAAGCAGAGCCGCGGUGAAGACAUGCUCAGCGUAUGGAAGUUAAAGCAGUAG